GGCCUCAGAUUUCGGUUGGCUUCCUUCGCCUCGUCCUCUCCCGGCUCCCUCGCCUCGCCCGCGGCAUCGGAGAACCGAGGGGAACCAGGCCGCUCCGGCCUCCUCCAAUCCGGAGCUCCCGAAUCGGUCGACCGAUCGAUCAGCCGCCGCCGGGAUGGAGGCCAACCACGCCUCGCGUGGCCGCCGCACCCUGGAGGAGAUCCGGCAGAAGAGGGCCGCCGAGAGGAUGCAGCAGCACCACGUCACGCCGGCAGCGGCGUCCCACAUCGACCCCUACGGAAACCAAAGAGCCGGAGCAGAGCUUCUUGCUCGAGUUAAAGAGCUUGAAAAUGGGUAUGCGGAACUGGAGAGGGAAAAUCAAAUGAUGUUGUCCAAGAUUGCCGAGAAGGAAGUGGAGAAGGAUGCCCUGGUUAACCGCUUGAGCGAUCUCGAGCGCAAUGUAGUGCCCACCUUGAAAAAAACUCUGAACGACAUUUCCUUGGAGAAAGAUGCUGCAGUUGUUGCUAAGGAGGAUGCUCUAGCUCAACUCAGGAGCAUGAAGAAACGGCUGAAGGAGGCAGAAGAGGAGCAGUAUAGGGCAGAAGAAGACUCUGCAUCCUUGAGAGCACAGCUAAAUACCCUACAGCAGCAAGUAAUGGGCAACUCUUAUAGUGGAUAUCCAAUGGGAACAUCGAAUGAGGAAACUCUUGCCAUGGAAAAGGAGAUACAAGAUUUACAGGCUCAGCUAAAGCAAGAGUCACUGCUAAGGCAACAGGAGGAACAAAAAUUAGCUGAAGAGUCCCUGCUAAGGCAACAUGAGCAACAAAAACUAGCUGAAGAACAAUCCCGUAUUGCUUCUCUGGAGGCUGAAAAGCAACAGUUGGAAGACCAAAUUACUGUGUUGACAAAGAAAGCUACAGAGGACGCUUCUGAGUUUUCUGCGCGCAAGGCAUUUUCGAUGCAAGAUAGGGAAAAACUUGAAAACCAAUUGCAUGACAUGGCUUUGAUGGUUGAGAGGCUAGAGGGAAGCCGUCAAAAGCUGCUAAUGGAGAUUGAUUCUCAAUCAUCAGAAAUAGAAAAGCUGUUUGAGGAAAACUCAGCCUUGUCUACUUCUUACCAAGAAGCCAUGGAUGUUACAAUGCAAUGGGAAAACCAGGUUAAAGGUUGUUUGAAGCAAAAUGAAGAGCUCCGUUCCCACUUGGAGAAACUAAGACUUGAGCAAGCUAGCCUUCUGAAAGUAAGCAACAUCAGUAUCCAAUCAGAUGGGCAGAAUGAGAACAGUAUCUCAAACCCUCCAGAAUUGGUCACUGAAAAUCUUUCUCUAAAGGAUCAGCUUAUCAAAGAACAGGGCAGAUCUGAGGGGUUGUCGGCAGAAAUAAUGAAACUUUCGGCUGAGCUUAGAAAAGCAGUCCAAGCACGGAGUAACCUCACACGCCUAUACAGGCCUGUAUUAAGAGACAUAGAGAGCAACCUAACGAAAAUGAAACAAGAAACGUAUGCAACAAUACAGUGAUAUUUUUUGCGAAAGGCGGUCCAGUAUUACUGAGGCAGGGACACUGCACAGACUUCACCAAUGGUUCACUGAUAUGCAUUGUGCAUUUGUUAAUUUCGAACAUGCCCUUCACAAGAUGCGCCCCGCACUGUUCGUUUGUAGAGUUCCAUCAGCAUUGUUGUACCUGUACCAUACUGCUGUAUACCGGGUUCCCACACUGAAAUAUUUUGUAAAUUGGGAGCAAGUACAAAAGAAAACAGUCAGAUCGAUGGAGGGUUUCUUUUUA